UCAAGAGUCAAAGACACAGUCGUUAGGAGUUUGGACUUAAGGGACUUGAGAUCAGAAUGCCAUGUCCAAGAGAAACAGCAGUAAUGUCGUUCUUCAAUGUCUCAGACUCUUUCUACCUUGUCUUGCUCUUCUUCUAUUUUACUUCAAUCUUGCUUGCCAGGUUCAUUCACUUUCUUUGCAGGAAUUGCUCUAUCAAAAGCAUUGAUGAUGAAGGCCCAGCUGACUAUUUAGAUGAUGAUGAUGAUGCUGAAGAAGAAGAGGAAGAAGAGGAAGAAGAAGAAGAAGAAGAAGAAGAAGAAGAAGAAGAAGAGGAGGAGGAGGAGGAGGAGGAGGAGAAGGAGGAGGAGGAGGAGGAGGAAGAAAAAGAAGAAAAACAUGUCUUCUUUACUGUGGAAUACACAGAAAGAGAUGAUCUUGUUGCCGACAUCAUUUGUGGCGGCGAAGCCUUAUUGUUCUUGCCCAUUAAGACCACCCAGAAGCCCCCUGAAGAAGACAUGGACUCUGAGGACUGUGUAUUUGAAGAUCCUGAUGAAAGCUUUGUCCCAGAAGAAUUGCCAAUUCCUAACUCACCUGCUCCAAAGUCUGAGUGUAAUGCAGAAGUUGUGGUUGAAGAAAAGCUUCCCACAAGGGACACUGAUUCAGUCGAUGGGUCUACAAUGGAGCUUCCAACGCCAAUGGAAACAGACCCAAAUGAAAAUGGCUGUGUGGCUGAUGAUUUAGCUUAUGAAGAAGGAUAUGAUAAGAGAGAAGCUGAAGCUGAAGUUGACAGUGGGAAUGUAGAGACAAAUUUCUCAGAAGAUGAGAAUUUUUUGAUUUUUGGUCCUACACACUUGGAAACCAAAAAGCUUCAAGCUAAAACAACUGAGGAUAAUUGUGGAGAUUCAUUUACAGUUGGGUCAACUUCUAAGAGUUCUUCUGAAUGGAGAAGCUCCAUGAUUUGCAGGGAUUCAGGAACAGAGGAUCCCUUCUCAUCUUCGUCUCGAAGGAGCUGCCCAAACUGGGAGUCAUAUACUGUGUUUCGAAAAUACGACGAGGAGAUGAUGUUUUUGGAUCGAAUUAGUGCCCAAAAGCUUAAUGAAACAGAAUCACUUAGAGGCAUUGAAGUAUGUCCAAGAUCCAUCUCACAAAGGAUAGUGCAUAAGCUGACUACCAAGAACAGAAGGUCAAAGGAGAAAACUAGAAACCCAUAUCAUGAAUUGGAGAAUGCUUAUGCUGCUCAAAUUUGCUUAGCAUGGGAAGCUCUUAAUUGGAACUACAAGAACUUCCAGCGCCUAAGAGCUUCGCGAGCCAAGGAAGAAGAUCUGGGUUGUCCUGGCCGAAUUGCUCAGCAGUUUCAGCAAUUUCAGGUUCUGUUACAGCGAUACAUCGAGAAUGAGCCCUAUGAAUAUGGCCGGAGACCUGAAGUUUAUGCUCGUAUGAGGAUUUGUGCACCAAAAUUACUUCAAGUUCCUGAAUUCCGAGAUUCAGAAGAGGAACAGAAAGAGGAGGGUUUUGGUAUGAGGAUCUCAUCACCUAAGUUCCUUAAAAUAAUGGAGGAAGGAAUUGAAACGUUCAUGAAUUUUCUCAAGGCAGAUAAGGAGAAGCCUUGCCAGAUCAUUACAGCAUUUUUCAAGAGACAUAAAAGCAAUUCAGUUGAUCCGACUCAUCUCCAUAUGGUGAAGAAGGCAAAUAGAAAGAAGAAGACGAAGCUUAAAGAUCUGCGCCGCAGUCAUAAAUGCUUAAGGAGGAGGAAGAAGUUGAAGCCAGAGGAGGACAUGGAGAUACUGAUGGGUCUGAUAGACCUAAAAGUGGUGUCCAGGGUAUUGAGAAUGUCUGAUAUCAGUGAAGAACAGUUGAGGUGGUGUGAGGAGAAGAUGAGCAAAGUAAGAUUGUGGGAAGGGAAGCUACAAAGAGAUUCCUCCCCACUUUUCUUUCCUAAUCACUGAGCCAUCCUUCCAAAGGGUAGUUGUGUUGCAUGAUGACUAGAUCAUGAAUGUGCAUGAGACUAUGAGAGUGAAUAUCCUAGUUACCCUUUUGUAAAUGCUGAAUAAAAUGGUAGUGGGGACCCACGAGUCAAAGUAACAAAAUGUGAGGGUGACACAGAUUUGGAGGAUUUGGAAUCCAAAAAAACGAAAAGUAAAGAUGAUUUGUCUCUGUGAUAUCUAAUGACUAGGGAAAGUGAAAGGUUGCAUAGACAAAGGAAAGAGAUAGAGACGAGACAUGGGUAGCUUUAGCUUUCUUUAUCUUUUUAAUUGUGGAAGUUUAUCUAUAACUCCAUUGGAUUUGAAUUGAAUCAAAAGAAGAGAUGGACAAAGCUGCCAUUUUAUGCGGUGGAAUAAAAAGGGGAGCACAUGGUACACUCAAAGGGAGAGAGACCUCAAAUGGGUCCCUCUUAUUUCAGCAAAGAAUCAAGGAAAGGAGACUAUACAUUAAUAAAAAUCAGCCAUUGUAAGAAGUAUCUUGAUAGCUCUGAUUUGAUAUUGGAUAGUAAAAAGUUAAUGAAGUUUCAGAACUCUCUUUGUGUUAA